GAGAUGCUGCGGCAUUCGAUGACGUAAUGCAACUCAUCAAAUAUAAUAAUCCUAUUACCAUAUUCUAAAAUGGCAACAUUUUGGUCAGGGAGACCUGGUUGGUUAGGAAAAGUAGGAAUAGCAUUAUUAGCUACAUGGCUUUUGGUACUAAUAAUAUCAGUAUCACAUAUCUUUAAAACUAAUAGCUUAUCGUCUAAUAAUGAGAGUCCUACAAAUAAAGAAAAUGCUCAACGUUUAGGCCAAAUGGUUAAUGAUUUUGAAAUUCUUAAAAGACAAAAUGAAGCAUUGAAAAAUAUAAUAUUAGGAGAAAGAUCAAAAUCCAUUCAAGGAGACCAUUUAGGUUCAAUACAAGAAAAACUUGAAAAGGUUUCACUUUACGAUGAUAUGUUGGAUCAACAAGAUAAUGUUAAGCAUGGUGUCCCUUCUCUUGAAUAUGAAGAACUACGGCGAAGGAUAAGAAAUAAUGUACAAGAAACAUGGUAUUAUAUUAAUGCAGAAUUAAGCAAAUUUAAAGAAAAUAUUGACAUACUUAAUUAUGAACAAAGAGGGAAAAAAAUACAAGAUACGAUAAAAAAUGUUUGGGAUCAUAAAAGGUCUCUAAUAAUAGAUAUUGACAGAUUAACUAAAGCAGAUGGUUAUGAUGAAUGGCGUAAAAAGGAAGCAAAAGAUUUGUCUGAUCUUGUACAAAAAAGAUUUAGGUAUUUACAAAAUCCUAGUGACUGCAGUAAAGCAAGGAAGUUAGUCUGUAGUUUAAACAAAGGUUGUGGAUUUGGAUGCCAGAUUCAUCAUAUUACAUAUUGUUUCUUGGUUGCAUAUGGUACAGAACGAACGUUAAUAAUUAAAUCUAAGGGUUGGAGGUAUCACAAAGAUGGAUGGGAGUCUGUUUUUAAACCACUUAGUGAUACAUGUUUGUCCACAAAUGGAGCAUCACAUGCUAAUUGGCCUGGUGACUCUUCUAAACAAGUGAUUUCUUUACCUAUUGUAGAUAAUGUUAAUCCAAAACCAAGGUUUCAACCACCGAGUGUACCAGCAGAUUUAGUUCCAAGAUUGGAAAAACUUCAUGGUCAUCCUUUGGUAUGGUGGGUUGGGCAAGUUUUAAAGUAUUUAAUGCGACCUCAAGAGAAUGUUAAGAAAACACUAGAUUAUGCAAAAGAGAGGCUUGGUUUCAAAAAACCUAUCGUUGGAGUUCAUGUACGAAGAACGGAUAAAGUUGGAACUGAGGCCGCUUAUCACGAUAUAGACGAAUAUAUGGUUAAAGUUGAACAAUAUUUUGAUGAACUUGAAACAAAGCCUGAAGUCAGAAGAGUCUUUUUAGCGAGCGAUGAUCCGGAAGUAAUCAAAACGGCAAGAAAUCAUUAUCCGAAUUAUGAAAUAAUAGGAGAUCCAGAGAUAGCAGAAACAGCAUCAGUUGCAAAACGAUACUCAGAUUCUUCUUUACAAGGCAUAAUUAUCGAUAUACACCUCUUGUCUGAAUGUGAUUAUUUGGUAUGCACAUUCAGUUCUCAAGUAUGCCGUGUGGCAUACGAGUUGAUGCAAACGUAUUAUCCAGAUGCUUAUAAUCGUUUCGCAUCCUUGGACGAUAUUUAUUAUUAUGGGGGUCAAAAUCGACAUCCUCAUCAAGCUAUUUUAGAUCACAAACCGAGAAAGAGUGGUGAAAUCGAAUUAAAAGUAGGAGAUUUGAUAGAAGUUCUUGGAAAUCAUUGGGAUGGUUAUUCGAAAGGAUGUAAUACUAGAACCAGUGCGACAGGAUUAUACCCUAGUUUUAAAGUUAAAAAUCCAGUGGAUGCUGUAGACUUUCCGAAAUACCCGAACAUCCCUGUACAAGAAAAUAAAAACGAGUAGGCAUAUAUUAAAUAUGUAGUAAUCUUGAAAACAUUCAGAUUGCUU